CUGUCAUCACGCUUUGCUUUCUCAGCCAAGAUCUCGGGGCUCGGGGCGGAAACGCAGCGGAGAUGUAUUUUCUUCCGGGGUUGGUGGCGCGCGGCUCUCAUGACCUGCAGGUGACAGUGUUGCCCGGUGGCGCGGCCCUGCCCGCCUCGUGCCCCGCUCUUCGUGCUUGAAAAAAAAUGCCGGGAAACCUUCUCCGAAAGAAAAUGCUGGUUCUUUGGUUAUCAGUGCCUUACAAGCCCUGGAGGCGGGGAUGAGGAAAAGAAGAAGAAAUGGCAGUAAAGAGGGCAACCAUCAUUCCACCCAGCCCAAAAGGAAUAAGAGAAACCCUAUCUUUCAGGAUUCUCAAGAUACAGAGUUUUCAUGGAGUGAUAAUGAAAGGAGCAGCAGCCGCAUUAAUAUCCCAGAGAGAGCAAGUGGACCAGAAGGCAACUUAAACCAGAUUGUUACUGAACCCAAUGCAAACUUUCUCCAGUUCUUGCAUGAGGGGGAGAAUGUUUCUAAGGCUCUUGUAUACUUAGAUACCUUCUGUAUCAUUUAUCCUCUAGAGUGUGCACUUCAGACUUAGUAGGAAACACUGCACAAUUCUGUCAGGUAAGAAAUAUGUAAUAACAUUUUGUCUUAAACAAAAAUUUAUUACAUUAGCACAUUAUGUGAUCUCAUAAUUCCAUCUAUUAUGUAUAGAGUUAAUGUUAAUACAGUGUAAGCUACUAAACUGAUGUUUAAAGUAACAAGAAUUGUGGAAGUGGGUUGGACAACUGUCCACUUUAUGCUACAUGGACCCUUUCACAGAGAUUAGGGGGCUAGCUUCCAUUAUUAAAAUUGCAAAGAUUCGCAUGGCUUAGAAAUAAUAAGCUGAGAUGCCAUUAGAAGAAACAGGCAGUACUAUUUAUUUAGAGAUGGGGGGGGUCCCCAUGUUUUAGUCAUACUAAAGAGCCAACCAAAUUUGAAUGGGGAAUUCAUAGAUGUGCUUCCUCAGUGGUGAGCUGUGUGAACAAAGGACUAGGAUGCAUCAGGUUAUCUGCCCUGGACUAUGCAAGGGGUGCAACCUGUUGCUAGAUUUAAACAAAAAUGCGUUGAAGUGUAACAGUCCUCUCCUCCCUGGUCACAUUCUCUUUUCCACUAUAUUUGGAGGUCCACAGAGUGGAAACUAACAGAUCUGAGAACUAUGGAUAGCACUACAAAGAGGUGUUUGCCAAUUGGCAAGGUUUGGAAAAGAUGUAAGGUUACAGUUUUACUGAAAGAAGAAUGAGAUUUUAUUAAAUGACAGAAUUAACAUAUGAAAGUGAACACUAUCCUAGGAAAAGAAUACAUACCUACACACACACACACACAUUUUCAUGGUUGUUUCCUUGAAUAUGGGUAGGAUUUUAAGGAAGAUACUUGUAGUAGAAUUUUAGUGUUAUGGGGAAAAAAUUACAGCACCACAUUGGCCCCAAACUUAGGGAGGAGGCAUGAGUCAAUUAUUUCUCAAUUAGAUGGUUUGAGUAAGAACAUUUUUUCUAUGGCCAGUGCUUCCAAAGUCAAUACCAGAUGUAUGGUGAGAAGAAAUUUGAAUUCUAAAAGGUUUUAUGGCAGAAAAUGGAGAAAGGAUACCUAGCCACUAGUUUCUCUAACAAUAAAGUGAGCAACUAAAUACUAAAGAAGAUGAGAUAUUUGAAUUUUCAACCCACAUGUACGCAACAGGAUUCAGAAAUACCCAGGAAGAAUUCUGCAUGCUUAAAUACACAGCAUCCUACUGAAAGAAAGUGUCUAUUAAAAACACAGUGUAGUUGAACAGCUGAGAAAGCAAAUUUCCAUUCAUUCCCCCAUUUAAAGAUAUGAAAGAUAAAACUAUCACCAUGACAAAGCAUUAUUUUUUCAAAGUAAAAAAUAAUAAUAAUAAUAAAGCAAUUACAUACACACAGAAAAAGUGUUGGCUUUUCAGUCUCUAUAAGACUUUUCAGUACUUAGUUGAACUAAGUAAGCACAAUCUUAUUCCAGAGUGGUCAGUGUAAAUCUCUUGUCCUAGUAAAUACAAUAUGCAAUCUCUGUCCUGUCUUUUGCAGAUUGUCUAAACCUGUUUAUGUCCUUUGGUACUGAAAUAAAACUCAAUACUUCACAGCAGGGAUGGAACCAAGCUGUUUAAAACUAAUUAUCUCUGCUAUGAAGGAGAAGUAUUUUCAAGGAAUAUCAGAAGAAAGUAGAAAGUGAGAGGGGGUUCCAGCCUGGCUUCCUGGGUCGAGUAGGGGCUCAGAAAGCUGUGAAACUCACUCAUUUCCUGCAUCAGGACUUAGUUUGGUCCUGGAUUAAUAAUAUUGAAGAUAUAUGCUUAAAACAUUCCUAACACCAGAAUUUGUGCCUGUGUUUUCUUCCCCAAGGAAGCUAUAAACAGCGAAAAUUUUGUUGCAAGGUUCCCUGUGUCCUCUCUCCCUCUCUCCCUUCCCCCUCCCCUGAAACUAAAAGGAAUGUCAAAAGCCCACUUUUCUAUGACCAGCAGACCUUAUCUAUGCUCCCAAUUCCAAUUCCUUGUAAACACAAUUUGUAAAAUCCCGUGAGAUCUUGUCUCCUUUGCCAUCCCGCUGCAAGGUUAUAAGUAGAUAAAACUUAAGUUACAAUUCCGGUUUUCCUCAAGAUCUGAGACAUGUUAAUUGUCUUUGUUUCUCCCUCUGGUAACAUCUUCCCACCACACGUAUUUCCUGCCUUAAGGAGUUUAAAAGGUGAUAAAAAAAUCUAACACUGGCUACCCUGCUCGGGACCCCUUCCACGCUGUGGAAGCUUUGUACUAUCACUCUGCUUAAUAAAGCCUACAGCUUUUCUCUCGGUCUGA